GUGUGUGUGUGGAGUGUGUCAGCCCGGCGUGAAUCUAGGAGGAAGCGCAGCUCAUUCGGCCUCUUCUGCUUCAGUCCUUCACAGAGGACAGAGAAUCACCGUCCACCUGUCCUAUUCUCACACCGACGGGACAGGACACCGGACACAACCGAGUGCUCGAGCGUUUUUGGAGUGUUUCAAUACAAAGCCUCCAUGGAGUCUGAUGGGAGGAGAGAGCAUUUGAAGACGAACCUCAAAUAUUGAGACGGGCUACGCGAGGAUUUGAGCCAGCUGUUCCACUAUGGAGUUCAGCGGAUUGGUGACUUUCUGGAUUGCAUGUAUAUGCUUCUUGUUGCAAUGUCGAGCGGACAAACUCAAUCAAGUAAACGCAGACCCCUUACCAGCGGACAACGGUGUCUCGGAGCUUUGCCGCAUCGAUGAGCCUUUAUGCCAGGAUGAGAAUGCCAUCCUCAGUUUCGAGGCCAUUCGCAGCAUUCACAAGCAAAUGGACGACGAUGACAAUGGCAAUGUGGAUGUUUUGGAGACUGACGGGUUCUUAAGAGAGGACCUGAACUAUCAUGACCCCAAAGGCAAGCACAACACUUUCCAUGGAGAUGAUCAGUUCAUCAGUGUGGAAGACCUGUGGAACGCCUGGAAGAGUUCAGAAGUGUACAACUGGACGGUGGAUGAAGUUGUGAAGUGGCUUAUCGACUACGUUGAGUUACCACAAUACGUGGAAGCCAUCAGGAAGUUGAAUUUCAGCGGUACCGCCAUGCCUCGACUGGCCAUGAAGAAUGUCACUCUGACUCAAACUGUCCUGAAGAUUCUGGACCGGAGUCACGUUCAGAAACUUCAACUCAAAGCUUUGGAUACGGUGCUGUUUGGAGCCCCGAUGAUGAACAGACAUAACCAUCUGAAGGACUUCAUGCUGGUGGUGUCAAUAGUCAUUGGAAUGGGAGGCUGCUGGUUCGCUUACAUCCAAAACCGUCACUCUAAAGACCACAUGAAGAAGAUGAUAAAAGACCUUGACAGUCUCCAGCGGGCGGAGCAGAGCCUUCAUGACCUCCAGCAGAAGCUGCAGAUCGCUCAGGAAGAGCACCGGUCUGUGGAGGUGGAGAAGGUGAACCUGGAGCAGAAGCUGAGGGACGAGAUCAACACUGCCAAACAGGAGGCGCAAAGACUGAAGGAGCUCCGAGAGGGAACUGAGAACGAGCUGAGCCGACAGAAAUAUGCAGAGGAGGAACUGGACCAGGUGCGGAUGGCUCUGAAGAAGGCAGAGAAGGAGCUGGAGUCCCGCAGCAGCUGGUCUCCUCCUGAAGCUCUGCAGAAAUGGCUGCAGCUCACUCACGAGGUGGAGGUGCAGUACUACAACAUCAAGAAGCAGAACGCAGAGAGACAGCUGCAGGUGGCCAAAGAAGGGGCAGAAAAGAUUAAAAAGAAGAGAAAUACUUUAUUCGGGACGUUCCAUGUGGCUCACAGUUCUUCGCUGGAUGAUGUGGAUCACAAAAUACUUGCAGCCAAGCAAGCUUUAGGUGAGGUAACGGCAGCCCUGAGAGAGAGACUCCAUCGCUGGCAGCAGAUUGAGCUCUUAACAGGCUUCACGCUGGUCCAUAACCCAGGCUUGCCCUCUCUGGCGUCAGCCCUCAACCUGGACCCCAGCUUCAUGGGCGGCCGCGGGACACCCCAGCACUUCAUGUCCGACGACAUGGAUGACAUGGAUGAGGACAUUGUGCCACCUGGAACACUUCAAUAUGCAGCAUGGCUAAUGGGCCGUCGAGCAAGCGAUCUCUGGUCUUUGAAUUCGGAUUGCCAGUCGUUUUGGAAGAACUCUGCUCCCAGUAUGAUGUCACUCCGGCAGCGUCACAUUGACCCGCAGAUGGCUCUGGGUUCGCAGAGGUUGGUAGAGAGUUGUCUUGCACUUGGUGGGCAAGAUGGGGAGGGUAGCUUAUACUCAUCCAGGCCUAGGACGGCGAUGCGCCAGGCGCGCAGCCAAUCCUUUGGGCAGUUCGAAGCUCUUGGACUGCCUCCACUUUCCUCAGCCAUGUCCCAUCCUGCUAUCUACUCUGCCUCCUCAUCCCACGUUCCCCACUCCUCUUCCGUUGCACCUCAUGCAUCCCACUAUCACUCUUCACAUUUCCAGCCCAUGGACACCAUCCCAGACCUCCCCUAUGAUGCCAGCCCAGAGCGUCCCCGCCGUUGUGGCAGCCAUGGGGACUUGAAUCGCUCCGAUUCAGAUUCAUCCUUGUGUAUAUCUCAGACCGGCGAACAGCUACGCCUGUCCUACAGUUCCAAAGGAUUCCCUGCAAAGCCCACUUCACUCCUGCAUGGCCCCCAAUCUCGUUCUGAAGAGGGAGCCCAGUCUCACACCCACAAUGGAGGAAACCGAGUUCACGAUGGGGGACCAUCUCCUGAUGGAGUUCCCGAUAGUCCCAUAUUAAUGAAGAAGUUGUAUGGCAUCGAGAAAUCCGCCAGUAUGAGCGAGAUCCAUGGCUCGCAAGCAGCAAUGUCCAUGUCGGAAUCAUCACGCUCCUUAAGCCCCAACUCCACUGAACCCGACACGCCGUCACCCACUGGACUGACUGGGGGCAAGGCUGGAAACCGCAUACCCCAGAUUUCAGCCAAAAAGAGUCCCCUAGAGGAGGACAGCGGCUCUACAGGUGAAGACACGGACUCUGCUGCCAGUCGCAAGAAACACACUUUCAAGAUCUUCAAAAAACAGAAGAAAUAAGACAACUGGACAAUUGCUUAGGUUUUUUUUUUCUCCCCGUACAUUUCUUUUUGUUGUAUCAUUGAUUAUAAAUGUUUUGAUUUACUUUUUUUUUUUCCCAGAAGUUACCUUUCGAGUCCGAACACCUUUCCAAGAUCCUUAUAGAAACGUUUCCUUUUUCAGAGGAACACUUUGGAACAAGCACGAUUUGGGGAUGUGGGUUGUAACUAUACACCAGUGGGAAAUGGGUUGGACCUUUUUUGGGGGAAUGUAACUCGCUAUUUAUUCAGCAGGAGAUAGUGCCAGACUUUCAAAGGAAUCUGAUGGACUUUGCUUUCCUUGUAUAAUCCUUGUAUCAGUUUGCAUGUCUUCGCCUUUGUUUGAUUGAACUUUGAAUGCUCCUAGAUGUUUGCUUGAUUCUCGUUCCCCUUCGCUUAAAACACCGAAUAGCUUGGUUCUUCAGUUUCAAUCAGCAACACUCCUUUGUCUUCGAAGUUCAAAUGAAUAGUCAACGGUACUCUUUGGUCAGUGUUCGUCGAUGGUCUCAGAAUCUGUAAAAGGGCUGAUCUAUAAGUGUGAAACUCCCCUCAAAUAAGUUGCACUAUUUCUGAAUGUUAAUGUAUCGGUUUUGUAAAACAUGAUUUAGAAUAUGCUGGAACACGCACUAAAACGUUUACACGAAACAAGACGCUGAAAGUAUCUCCAAGGCUUCAGGGAUUUUUUGGGGUGUAGAGGGAUUAAGUGAUUAGAUUAUUUGAUCAUUGUUGAUCAUUCCAAAUCAUUUAUUAUAGGGGUGCUCGGUCUUGGAGGGCUGGUGUCCUGCAUAGUUUAGCUCCAACUUUCUUCAACACAGCUGCCAGGAAGUUUCUAGUAUACCUAGAAAGAGCUUGAUUAGCUGGUUCAGGUGUGUCUUAUUAGGGUUGGAACAAAAAUAUGCAGGACACCGAUUCUCCAGGACAGCAUUUGGGCACCCUUUAUUUAGUGACUCCAAGGUGAUUUUUAAUAUGCACAUGAAUGUUUUGGAACAUUUCCUCGCCCUAUCGUCUGCUGGCUUUUUAUAAUGACAUCAUUUAAGCUCCGAAUAGAACUUUCUGUUUCACUUCAUUCGAAUGAAACCAAAUAACUACAGCUUCAUUAGAUCUUGUUUUGUAUUCAAAGUGCCAGACUAAAUCAGUCCAGAACAUUUAGAAACGUCCAAAAGCUUAGAUUUGAGUUUUGUAAGACCAAUGAUUCGACGUCUGAUCUUAAGCAGACUUGCUACAAAGAUCUAGAUUGUCCAAACCGUUGUGGAAUAGUCUACAUUUGCUCUUCUCACUUGUUUGAGAGAGAUAGAGGGCUUGGAAAUAUUUGUUCGUGUUGAUUUGUUCCUACAGGUGCUCUUUUCUAUCAUUUUAAAGCAGCUUAAACCACUCAUAACUGCUGUAAUAAUGGAGUGACUGCUCUUGAAAUGGUCCGAUGUUCUAGCAGACGGAUUUUACCACUGUGCAUUUUCAGAGGAAGUGGAAUCCACUCUCUGUUCUUCUUGGGGUUUACAUGAUGUUCAUCAAGAAACUAAAAGCACACUUUCUGAAAUGAGAGCUGUUUAGGAUAAAAAGACUCGGUGAGGAACGUCACUAUGCAUUUUAUUCGUUCAUUUCCCCACAGCCUAUGAAGGUCAGAUGUAUCAACUAACCUGGAGGCAAACCAAAGCAGCGCUGCACGAAACAUCACCGGUUUCUUCUCUGUCAUUUCUUUGGUGUAAGAUGUACAAGACCACAUCAAAAUGUCUAUAAACAAAAGGUAUAAAACUACGCGGAUGUAUUUGUUUCAUCUGCACCUCUUUUGCACGAAGAAGCUCUUUUGUCAGUGUGCGCGCCGUGUCAGUCCGCUCCAGUAAACUGCACAUCACUGUGUUGAUGCAUGUUCUCAACAUCAGUUCUCUCCAACAUGGACGGGAGCUGUUUUGGACUCUUGUGCCCCUGCUUAUUCCUGCUCACUUCUCCGUUUGAGCUAUUUAUGCCUAUACUGUACAGACAGAAGUGGAGAAACAAAGCAAACUAUGAAAAUUUUGCAUCUUCUGUAAUGUUCAAAACUGUAGUCUUCAAAUUUUAUGGCACUCCUGCAUGAAAGCAAUAAAAAUGUUUUAAAAAGA